AUGCCUACAUUCACCAUUAGCCGUGAAAACUGGCAGCGAUUCAAGAUCCUUGAACUUGCUGACCCAAGCUGUCACUUACCAGCUCAAACUGAUAUGGUAAUCGGCAGCGAUAUACUUCCACAAAUCCUGCUGGAAGGUAUACAAAAUAUUUGCGACACAAUACUUGCGCAAAAAACAAUAUUUGGCUGGAUUCUCAGUGGUCCAAUAACCGAAAAUGUGGUGUCAUUCUCGACACAAGUAGAAGAGUGCUCGAAUGCAACUCUCAGCUCUCAGCUUCGAAAGUUUUGGGAAGAGGAGGAGAUUCCACAACCUCCACAAAUUUCCCCUGAAGAUCAGGCUUGUGAGCAUAUAUAUGCAACAACAACGACUCGUGCCCCAAACGGUCGAUACAUUGUGCGACUUCCAUUCAAGGAAGAAUUUCCAAAAAAGCUGUCUCUGGGCCACUCUCGGUCUGCUGCACUUCAGCAGUUUUUCAGUAUGGAGCGAUCGCUUCAGAAAAAAGGAGACUUAGCCACAAUGUAUAACAAUGUGUUGCAAGAGUAUCUCGACCUCGGUCAUAUGGAGCACACGAAGCCAUGCGAGAUAAUUUCCAAUGGCAAAUACUUCUCUUUCUACUUGCCACAUCAUGCGGUCGUCAAACCAGAUAAGGUAACCACCAAAGUUCGCGUGGUAUUCAACGCCUCAAAAACAUCUGGUUCAGGAAAAUCCCUGAAUGACGUGUUGCACACUGGUCCCACACUCCAGCCAGAUCUCAUGCUGCUCAUUCUGCAGUGGCGAAUGCACAGAUUCGUGUUCAAUGGCGACAUUGAAAAAAUGUAUCGUCAAAUACUCAUCCAUGAGGACGAUAAAGAUUUUCAGCGAAUCUUAUUUCGCACAUCGGCUGACUCUCCUGUCACCGAUUAUAAUCUUAAAACCGUAACGUUCGGGGUUAAUUGUGCACCAUACCUCGCUAUCCGUACCCUGCAUCAAUUAGCAGAUGAUACGAUAGCGACAUUUCCCUUGGCUGCCACAAUACUUAAAACCGAAACGUAUGUGGAUGACAUCCUAUCCGGAAGUCAUGAUAUUGACAACGCCACUGAAUCACUUUUUCAAGUGAUCAAAGCGCUUAAGUCAGCUGGUUUCAUACUCAAGAAACUAACGGCCAAUCAUCCGGCCAUUUUAGAAAAAUUUCCAAAGGAGGAUCUUCUCGACUCCAACUUUUUGAAAUUUGAGAGCGCUUCCACAACCAAAACUCUUGAUCGAAGACAUCAUGGCAGCACGGAAGGCAUGCCCCCCGGCUCCAACGGCAGAGGCAGACAACAGCCUACAAUGCCGGCUCUGCCACCGGUACCACGCAUUGCGGACGUGCCCGGCCUUCAAGGCGAUGAGGCCGCCGCAACGUUGCAAGACCUGUGGGCUAGCGCACCACACGCUGCUGUAUGUAGCAGCCAACACCCAUGCUCGCACGGGGCCAAGGGAACAGGGGCCCAGGAAGAGGAAACCGGCUACAAAGGCCCCAGGAGCGUCAAGCGGCGCGCACCGCCGAAGAAAAAGGCGCUGAAGAAGGCGCAGAAGAACCCGCGCAACCAUGCGCCGCAACCGCCGCGCAAGAAGACCGCCCAACGGACGAUCGCGCGCACUCCCCAAGGCCUACAAACGGCCAAUUUCCAGGGCCGCACCACCCACCGCGUCCUUGGCAACACGAUCCGCGCCCUGAAAGAGCUGCAGGAGACGCUCAGCAACGCAUUCCUGCAGGGCGGGGACGAUGUUUAA